GCGCUGGCAACAAUUUUUCAUUCGCAAUAACAUAGAGCUUUUUACUCUAUGGCUAUACUCUAUGGCAACAAAGCGAGCGCCAUAUUUUGUUUGUGUUUUCCGGUUGGAGGUUAACUUCGGCGAAACGACGCCAAUAUUUCUCUAAAAUAAAUUAACAAAUAAACCAAAUAAUCAUGAAACUAGUUAGGUUUUUAAUGAAACUAAGCCACGAAACUGUGACAAUCGAAUUGAAAAACGGGAGUGUUGUUCACGGUACUAUCACCGGCGUCGAUGUAGCUAUGAAUACCCAUCUAAAAGCUGUGAAAGUUACACUGAAAAACAAAGAGGAGCUUCAAUUGGAAACAUUAAGCAUACGUGGAAAUAAUAUUCGAUAUUUCCUGUUACCUGACAGUUUGCCUUUGGAAACAUUGUUAAUCGACGACGCACCAAAAGGCAGAGGGAAGCGUGAAGGUUUCCCAAGAGGUGGAGCGAGAGGCGGCCGUGGCAGAGGUCGUGGUGGUCGCGGAGGACCAAGAGGAGGACGUGGAGGACGCGGCCGUGGCCGUCGAUAGUGUUUCUAGAUGUUAAGUUCGAUUCAAUAAGUCUUGUGAUUACACUAAGUUUUAAGAGGUUAUGUUGUUUUAUUAGGCGUUUAUCGCUGAGUGAAGUCAAAGUAUAGUCUAAUCUCAAGUAAAAAUCAGUGAGUCGCACUAUUUGCGAAGAAUUGCAUAUGUUCAAGUAAUAAAGUAAAUUUAACUGUGAAAUGUAUCUGGAACUUAGAUUAUGAUUAUUGACCCUUAUCUGUCAUUUGCAAAAUGCAUCUUAAAACAUGUAUUGUAAAAUGAUUGAAUUUGGAAUAUUCUUGUCAAGUUAAGGUGUUGGUAUGUCAUAGAUUUACAGUCAAAAAAGUCAAGUUACAUUGGCAAUAUGGUUCAAUUGAAGAAUAUGAACAUUUUUCUAUUUACUUGUUGAAAUAAUAUGUGUUGAAUUACAAGGAGUAACUUUUAGUAAUUCUUAUUUGUCAUUUAUGAUACAAUCGGAUUAAUUAAACAUGAUUUAUAGAAGUCUUAUGAUUUCAUUAUGAAAUCAAACCCUUACAAAGCGCUUUUAGUAGUAGUUUGAAAAUCAGUCCUCAUUUCGCUGAUAAAUUGGUGAACUUACUGAAAAAUAAUAUAUAGUAAAAAUAUAAUAUAUAUAAUAAAAAUAAUAACAUAGCCAUUGAACAUAGAACUUUGUCCUUUUCUAUAUCCAAGUGUGUAAAAAAUAUUCCUAUAAUUUUAUUUUAAUAAAAGUAAAUUAAAUAAUAUCAUAAAGGUGUGUUACAUAUAUAUUUUUAAUUAAAAGUUAUAUUAGCGCAUACACUAACCGUUUUAAAGGUUUUCUAAGAUAUGGUUAGAAGAAACAGUAAAUUCCCAUAUACUAUAAUUAAUAGAUACAAUUUAAAGUUGUAAGUGAAUUUUACUUAUAUAUGAGUACUAUAGAUAAAUAACUAAUAUCAAAGUUUUAAAAUUUAUGUCAUUGUAACUGUUUCCAUGUUAUAAUUAUUAGAUAACUACCAUAUGUGACAGAUGUUAACAAUGGCUGAGAUUUAUUGUAGGACUUACUAUAAAAGAAUAAAUUUAGUUUAUUUUAUUAUAGAAAUAUGGAUUGAGGUAGAAGAGAAGUCUUUUGGUAAAGAUAAGGUUUGCUUUAAGUAUUACAAAACUUUAUUUUUCUGGUAACUGCUUAUUAAUUUAUAUGGAGUUUUUUUUAUGCUGGAUUAAGAGAAUUUAUAGGAUGCAAUUUUACCUUAUAUUUGGGUUUUUUAAAUAGCAGCACAGUUGGAUAUAAUAUAGGUAUAAAUGUCGCCACUUUGAAUAUAGCUUCACUUCAAAGGGUUUUAAAGUGGUUUUAGUUACACUACAUGAAAUUACAUUUGAGGUAAUAAACAUUUCAAAUUAUUAAUUUACUAUUUUUUUGGACUCUAUAGGAAAGCUCCUCAAUAUGUUUCUUGAAAUUAAAAUGUUUACCCAAAAAAACUCGAUAAUUUUUUGAAAAAUUUCGAGAUCUGUAUAUGAGUAUACUGCAAAUAAAUUAUUAUUAUAGUUUUAAUAAUUGAUAGAUUCUAGAUAUGGACAUUUGCAUAAUAUUAUUUAUUUAUUAAAUUGUUGGAAGACUUACAGCUAUACAAUGAAAAAUCUUAUAAAAUUAUAAUAAAGACAAAAAGCCAAUUAAAAGUCCCCACCAUUAAUAACAUACUACCGUAAAUAUGUAUUACAACAGCCUAUAUAUUGAUCACGCACGCACACAACAAGUCCCUAGCUAUGAUAAAAUAGGUAGUUAAUGGUAUAUAGGUAUUGCAUAGUACUCACAAAUCGUUGAAUUGACAAUAUAAGGACACAUUAGGUAAUGUUAGAAUGUGUAUGCACCUUUACAGCUUGUAAAUUGGAUCCAGAAGAGAAAGUAUAAACUUUGUUUUUUAUAUAUUUAAAUACAAUUUAUGGGAUAAGAGCCACUGAAAAAAAACUGACCUGUGAUACUUUUAUAGUUCUGUUAAAGUUUUAUCAUAAAAUGUCAGUGCUGUAC